GAUAACUUGUGGGAAGCUCCCGCCCCUUUCCUUUGUCCAGACUGCUUACAGACAUGACGGAGAAGAUAGAGAAGUCUGGUUCCCAGUCAGAACGAGAUGGCGUACAGUCUUACAGAGGCAAAGCAGAAUAUAGAAAUUCAGACUUUGGGCGCUUCUGUGAUCUAUCUACCUUUCCGUUCACUAGAUUCACUCACUCAGUUACUCAGUCUAAUCAACAAGGAUCGUCCGAGACGAAAACGACGCAUUUUGGCUUCCAAACAGUACCGGAGGAAGCGAAGGAAAGCCUUGUUAAGAAUGUGUUCAGCUCCGUCGCGUCUUCAUACGAUGUUAUGAACGACGCCAUGUCUCUUGGUGUUCAUAGACUAUGGAAGGAUGACUAUGUAUCUUCCUUAAGGCCCGGACGCAAAGGACCACUGCGCUGCAUUGAUCUGGCUGGCGGUACCGGUGACAUCGCGUUGCGCAUACUCGAUUACGCACGGGAGAACUACGCAGACAGGGAAACGAGUGUUGACGUUGUGGACAUCAAUGCCGAGAUGCUGAAGGAAGGAUAUAAGAGAUUUAAGAAGACUAUGUACCACAACACGCCACAGGUUCGAUUUAUAGAGUCAAACGCGCAAGCUCUACCUGAGGAACAGUUUCCUUCGAAUACGUACGAUUUGUACACUAUUGCGUUUGGUAUUCGCAACUGCACCUCAAUACCGGACGUGCUGAAGGAAGCUUACCGCGUCUUGAAGCCGGGUGGCACGUUUGCUUGCUUGGAGUUCAGCAAAGUCAACAAUCCGUUAUUGAACAUGCUUUAUGACCAGUGGUCGUUCUCAGUCAUCCCUAUCAUGGGUACUGUUCUUGCGGGCGAUCGAGACUCCUAUCAGUACUUGGUAGAAUCUAUUAGGAAGUUCCCCAGUCAACCUGAAUUUGCGCAAAUGAUUGCAGAUGCUGGCUUUGCCACAGGAGGACUUCAUGAGGGUAAAGGCGGUGCAUGGAGAGACUUGUGGGGAGGUAUUGCUUCUGUACAUACUGGUGUGAAAGUAUAACGCGCUGAAACGUGCCUCAAUGCUACCUUGUAUACCUUGCUUUGA